GUCCGCGACGCGAUGACGCAGACGCGGGGGACGUGGCCCUCGCGCGGCGUCACGCAUCGCCCCGUCGCAAGAUGGCGGAGCUGGACCUGCUGGGCUCCAUCCUGAGUUCCAUGGAGCGGCCUCCCGCCGCAGCCGAUGGCGAGACGCGGCGCCGGGCGCGGGAACAAGCUGCUCGCAUGAAGAAGUUGCAGGAGCAAGACAAGCGCCAGAAGGUCGAGUUCAGAAAAAGGAUGGAGCAAGAGGUCUCCCAGUUCAUCCAGGCCACCGGGGAGCCCCGGCGCCGGUUCCAGCCUAUGAACAAGAUUGAGAGGAGCAUCCUGCACGAUGUGGCGGAGGUGGCCGGCCUGACGUCUUUCUCCUUCGGAGACGAUGAGGACAGUCGCUAUGUAAUGGUGUUCAAGAAGGAGUUCGCGCCGUCCGACGAGGAGCUGGAGGCGUACCGGCGUGGGGAGGAGUGGGACCCGGCCCGAGCUGAGGAGCGGCGGCGCCUCCGGGAGCUGGCCGCGCAGCAGGAGGAGGCGGAGCUUGAGCGCGGCCCCGCCCCCCCGGGCCCCCCCAACGACUACAAAGACAAAUAUCGGCACCUGAUCGGCUCCGACGCCGCCAAAGCCGCCGCCCGCACCAUGGAGGCCAACAAGGCGUACGGCUGCGUGCCAGUGGCCAACAAGCGGGACACGCGCUCCAUCGAGGAGGCCAUGAACGAGAUCCGGGCCAAGAAGCGGCUGCGGCAGGCGGAGGACGAGGGUGGGGCCGGGGGAGGCCCUGGGGGAUCCUGUGCGUGAUAGGGGGGUGGGGGGUGAGCCCCCCGGGGGUAUUUAACAGCAGGGGGAGGGCGGCAGGGACACACGGAGGGGGUGAUAAAGGAGCUCAUCUCCUCGCCUGGUCCCUGUGUCUCUUUCAGGGGUGCAGGUCGUGCGUGUGCGCGUGUCCCACUCCCCAAACAGAGCAUGAGUCAGGAGCUCCUGGUGGUUCACAAAAUCCGUGGGGGUGGGGGGAACCCCUCGGAAGGCAGCUGUGGCUCUGGGAUCAGUGAGCUUGCAGGAGGUUUCCAUGCACUGGAUGGCUGUGGCGAUGAGGGAGGUGAGCAUGAGGCAGUUCUGUGUUUGCACGAGGCCUUUCCCAGGAGUUUGCAGGAGGGUUUGCCCACGCACUCACACUGAGGCGGACGCCCUGACUCAGGGGCUUUCUCAGAGAUUUGCAGCAGGGUUUGCUCACUCAGCCUGGAUGGAUUCAGUGGCUGGGAUUUCCAUGAGAGUUUGUGUGGUUUUGUGCAGUCACACCUUGAUGGCCUAAGCUGUGGGGGAUUUGCCCUGCACUCACACCUGGGUGGGCUCUGUAACCAGGGGGUCACACUGGGAUUUUCAAGGGUGGGGUGGGUCACAGGAGGACCACACCUGCACUGGGCUCAGUGCUGGGGAGCUGCAGGAGGAUUUGGAGGACUCACACCUGGAUGAACUCGGUGACAGAUCCCAUCUGGUUCACCUGGAGCAGGAGCUGCCUGCCCACGUGCUUGGGGUUGGUCACUGCCCGGCCAUCGCCACCACCCAAUGUCCACCCGUGUCAGGAACCACUGCCAGCCCUCACAGUCGCCCUCAGCAGACACCAGCAUGGGGAAACAGCCACCAGUAUGAACUGGAGUGCACCAGUCACCUGGCAGUGUGGGAGAAUGGCAGUGCCCACCCUGGGCACAGCCCUGUAUGAGCUGUCAGUGCCCAGCUGCCUUCCCAGUGCCUCCCAGUUACCCCCCAGCCUGCUCCACUUCAUCCCAGUGCCCUGCAGUACCUCCCAGUGCCUCCCAGUUCCAUCAGAGUACCUCCCAGUGCUCACUGGGGUAGUCCUUGAUGAAGCUGUGGUAGAGCUGGUCCCCAGUGCUGAGGAUCCAGGGAGGGAUUUGAAGUCCAGGUUGUAUUUACUCUCCAUCCCGAUGGCCACCUCGUCCAGGCUCCUGGCCUUCCCAAGGGCUGCACUCAGAGUUGGGCACAAAUCCCCCCAACCUCCCACCCCACCUGAGACCCACCUGGGGUGUCCAGGCCCCAAAUUCCUCCUGAUACCCCAAAUCCCAUCCAGGGACCACAGGGACCCCAUUCAUGGACACACUCAGUGCUGGCCCUUGGCCAAGGGGACCUGGACGUCCAAGACCACCCCUGUCCAAACUGCCAAGGGCAGAUGGACCCCGGUGCUCCCCCUGCACCUCCUGCCUUUCCCACCCGUCCCCCGCUGCCCCAGCACUUUUCCCCAAUUCCCACAAAUUCGUGAUGUGACCCCAAAACCCAGCCCCGUCCUGGGGACCUGUCACCGCCUGCCCUGGGACCCUCCGUGUCCCCAACACUCCUGAUGUGUUUCACCACAACCCUGAGCCCCACACACCCCCAUGGCCCCCCAGCCCCGCAUCCCCCCUGCUCCUCCACACCCCUGGCUGUAAAUAAAUCCACCUGGACCGUGAGA